AUGACGGCCGCCAUGCACGCCGACUUCCAAUCCAUCACGGGCGUGCUGGAGUCGGAAGAGCCCUCGACGACACCGACCUCGACAUUGACGCCCACGUCGACCGCCACGUCGACGCCCACGCCCACGCUGCCCGCCGCGUCCAAGCCGGCGUCUGCGUCUGCGUCCGCGUCCGCCUCUGCCUCUGCACUCGACAGCGGGCCUGUGCACCCCCGACACCAGACGCUGGUGAACGUGUCCGGCUCGCCCUCGACAGCCACGUCCCCCCAGUCCUCGCGCGACGCCUCACCAGCACGCCACACACGCGCCGCCCCUCCCCCAGCAGCCCUCCGCUCGCGCACCGGCCUGCGCUCGCGCAAGAGCAGCACCGACGUCAGCCCCAGCAGGCCCUCCAGCCUCGCCGGCGCCAACUCCCGCCCGCCCUCGGCCACGGCCAUCCACCGCGCCCUGUCGUCUGCGAGCAUCCCCCACAUGUCGCCCGCCUCGUCGACAGACACCGUCGUCAAGCUGCCCCGCUCCACCCGCCCGCCGCCGCUGGCCAGCACCGCCGACUCGACGCCCCGCUGGCCCAUCUCGCCCCGCCUCAAGUCGCCAGAGCCGUCGUCCGAGUCCCGCGCCCGCUCGCGCGCCAGCUCCCUGCGCGCGCCCGCAAAGAAGCCCGAGCCGGCUGCGACGCCCGCCAUUGUCGUCCAGGCCUCGUCGCCCGCCUCGCUGUCGCGCAUCGCCAUGCUCAAGGACGACGCCGUGGCCAGCGACGCCGAGGAGCCCGCCCUGAGCAUCAAGGGGCCGACCAGGGGCGCCAGCGGCGUUGUCCCCAAGCUCGAGACGGUGCAGGAAUCCAGCCUGCCCACAACCCCCGGCUUUGACGGCCUCGAAGCGGAAAGUUUCAUCGACACGCCCCCCGCGCUCAAAGCCUCCGACCAAGAGCGAAAUGACGUCAGCCCGUCCAAAGUCACCGAAGACCUCAGCAGCAGAAACACGUCCGCCGCCGCUACGAGCACCACCACCUACAGCGCAACGGGGAGCGGCAGCGACAGCGGCUCCAGGACAGUCCGGCGGGGCAAGAUGCAGGAACAGCGCACCCCGUCCACCUACCGCCCGCACGUCCUCUCCACCAAGCCCUCGCUCUCGUCGCUGUCGACACGCUCGCAGAGAGACCCGCCCUUGCGCAACGUGACGGUGGAGACGGAGACGGUCUCGUCCAUCGCACAGGCCCCGAUUGGCAACCAAGACCGCUCGGCCUCUGGGCGCGCUGACGGCAGCCUGAGACUCAAGCCGAGCAACGAGACAAUACGGCCCAAAAAAGAAAGGAAACCCAAUAAGCGGAAAGCGCCGUCGAUCAACGCAGGUACUGGUACGUCUUCGCACAUCUCCUACCACCACAACCUCCCGAACAGACCAGACAUGGGGCCGCGCUCCCAUACUGCGUCCUCUAUUGGAAGCUCCGUCUCACAUCGCUUAUAUGAUGACCGGCGCUCCAUGGCAUCCAUGUCUCCACCCCAAAGUCCAGAGAUGCGCAUGCUCCCCACAAGACCGAUUUCUCUCCGCUAUUUUUACUCAAGCACUAACGCGAGCUCUCGCAAAGCUUCGUCCAAAGCAGAUGUCUUCGAACAAAAAGUCGCGAGCGCGGUCGACGAAGCAAAUUCGUCCGACUCGGAUGCGACGUUUAUUUACGAAUCGAAUCCUCCAGAACAACAACCACAUCGAAGCCGACAACACCACUCGCGCACACCGAGCAUGACAUCGAUUGCGAGUCUAGCGGAUCCACGGCAACUAGCGAUCCGCGACGCCCACAAGAAUCCUGGCAAAAAAAGCAGCAUGAAGUUCGCCAAUGCGUACAUCAACGCUGAUCCCGACGUCCUGGAUCGUGGCGAGGGAACUAUCCGCAUCGGGUCUGGCCGUGUAGGUCAAGGCAGCCACCACCAUCAUAUUGGACGACUUGGCCAAGGCCGGGGCGCGCUAAGCCAUCUAGUCAUGGACAGCGAUUCGUCAAUGGCUCAGUCCUCACGCGCACGAGGUCCGUCGUCAAGACAUCCAUCCCAGCCAAAUAGCCCUCGUUUCCAUACGUUCAACGUUGCAAACGGCCAAACCAACGGCACCAAGAAGCCCGGAGAAUACUCCGCCUACGAUCUCGACGCUGAACAUGCAGCCGACGAUGAGCGCAUGCCGCUGCUCCCAUCGGGCCGAAGCCCACGAGUUCGCACUCCCCGCCGAAGGAAUAGCGUGACACUUCGCCAGCUUGAGCAAAGACAUCGUCAUCGUCAUGAUGGUGGUUGGUGUCGAAAAUUCGCGGGAUGCCUCGUCCUCUCGAUCCUGCUCCUUGUCGUCGUAUUUUGCUCGGUUGGGCUAGUUUUUGCGACCACAAAGCCCCUCACCAAUGUCCAAGUUCGAGAUAUCCGAAAUGUCGUCGUGAGCCAAGACGAAAUUAUGCUGGACUUGGUUGUCGACGCUGUCAAUCCCAACAUCAUUGGCGUCAUCGUCGCAGACAUGGACGUGAGUAUAUUCGCCAAGAGCAAGCACGUCGGGUCUGAUGCAUGGUGGCGCCUCCACGGAAAAGGACCACAAGACAACAUGGAAGACUGGCUACCCAUUGAGGCUGAUUCUGUGGAUGAUGGUGUCGAUGAAGGAACAGAUCCGAUCGACGAUCCUGAAUCGGGCGAGCCUCGAACCAUGUCUCUCGGACGUGUCUUCCACUUCGACUCACCCUUGAACUUUGACAGUUCAUUCUGGCAGCGGAAAAAAGGCGAGGCCGUUGGUGAAAUCCGACUCUCACAUCCCGGAAACAAAGCCGAAUCAGGGGGAACUGCGCGCUGGGAAGAAGUCCUGCAAUAUCCCUUUGAGCUGAUUGUCCGGGGUAACUUCAAAUACCAGCUUCCGCUAAGCACACGGGAGCAAAAGGUCACAAUCACCGCAUCCUACAGUUACGACCCAGACCUAGAGAAGAAGAAGCUCCUCAAGAACAAGGCCGAAUCGACCAGGGAAAAGAACGAGACUAAAUCACGCGCUCAUAUUGUACCGCCGAUGCCAAAGCCGCUGGGACGCUACCACCGCAGAGCUCACACGCUUCUAGAAUCUCAAUAG